GAGACUGAGAGGUUAGGACUGGGAGCACCGAGAAAAGCAGGUGGGAGCAGGUGGAAGGAGGAAGGAGAGCGAAGUGGGCCCGUGGGAAGAACCAGGACUUUGGGGGGUACGGGGACGCCAAAAAUUGGGAGCAGAGGGACACGCCAUUCCUGGCUUCCUUUUAGUUGGUUUGCUAUGAGGGUCGGGCCUGGUGUGGGGAAGGGAAUCUGGGGUGAGGCAUAGACUGUGUGUAGGGACCGGGUUUGUGUGAGGGGCAAGUGCUGUGAGUCCCUUCGAGCAUGUGUGCCUUGGCCUGGCCCUGGAUACCAUUGCUCCCGCCGGAGGAGAACCUGAAGGCCUUAGGGGUCUAUGAAUUGGCUGGUCGGUGGGCACGAGGGCUGUUUACCGAGUGAGUGUCCCGGACCUUCGUUUAGGAGCUAGACACAGGUGCACCGUCUAUUGCAGAGGCCUGCGGUCGCCUACUUUUACUGGUCAUUUCUCCUGGCUGGCUGGCUAGCCAGGCGCGGUGCCAACGAUAGGGACGCGAGGAAGAAGGUGGCUUGUGCCAAGUAAGAAGUCAAUGGUUAGUGGGUGGGCAGGACAGUUUUGAUCUGGACCCAGGGCCACAGAGUCAAGCUCUCUGUUUAUUGCCCAAGUUCUGGCAGUAGGCAUUACCUGGGCAUUUGCCCUGGUGACUGGUGGUAUGCCAGUCACAGCAUAGUCCUGGGGUCUGCCCAGUUCUGCCCUGCUGAGUUGAGUUGGCAGGCUCGUUGAUGCCUGGAGGGUGCGCAUGCUGCCUGUCGCAGAUGUCCUGUGGGCUGGUGCGAAUGGAUAGGUGGGCACUGUCACUGCGAGCCCCCUUUUUGAAGUGAUCUGAGAACGUUUUCUACUAAUCACAUGGCCCCCUUGAAAGGCGAGGAAGGAGAGAGCCGUAGGAAAGAAACUAUGGAAUAGGGCAGGGUCCGAGACAUGACUUUUUUCAGCCAGUUUUGAGAACGGGAAGGAGUGUGAAGGAGAAUAUGAAUAAUAGACAUGGUAGGUGAAAUUUCCACCACUAAAAUACACAUUCUCCAGGAAUGGCAAUUCAGAAAAUGCAGAUCAAAAGAAAAACGACUUUAGAGAAAACCUAGCAAUACAUUUAUGGUUCUAACUGAGGUUCUUCACAGGUUUAUGGCUGAUAAAUUCACUUUCUAUAGCCUUAUUGCUUUAUUAUAUGUAAGCCUUAGCUUGGGCUUUCACCUCACACCUCUCUGCACGCAUGUCAUACACGUGACACAUUUAAAGGGAAUGUGAGCUCUCAGGAAUGUUGCCAAGUAGCUAUAAAAGGAGAGUACUGAACUGCUGUGUGUCCCAGCCUCCCCUCUUAACCCUUUGAUCGGCCUGUUCAUCCCAAACUCAAAACUCCCCAGAGAUUGUGGGUCACACCAGCUUUUAACUUGGUUGGUAUGCUUGUCCCUAUGGUUUCAUCUUAGACUAAGGGGUAUAUUGGACCACACCUGAUAAUUAGACCUUGAGGUGAUCCCAGUCUUUGAAAAUGCAGUCUUGACCUUCAAGUUGUUCAGGUAGUUUGGUGACUACUAAACUGCUUGGGUUGCCAGAGACUCUGCUGAACUGAGAGUAAUCCAUAUGCACAGAGUACCUGUGCUCCGUCUUCCGGCCCUCUUAGACAUGGAGAGGAAAAUCCCAUCCAGAGAGAGCCCCAGAAGACUGUCCGCCAAGCCCGGCCGAGGCACGGAGAUGAAGAAGCUAGCGCGACCCCUUGGCGUGGUGGCAGCUGACUCAGACAAGGACUCUGGCUUCUCAGAUGGGAGCUCAGAAUGUUUGAGCUCCGCAGAGCAGAUGGAGUCAGAGGACAUGCUGAGCGCCUUGGGCUGGAAGAGAGAAGACAAGCUGAGGCAGCCCUCCAAAGCUGCGAACAGUGCCCUCCCCACGCUGUCCCCUAUGGUCGUCAUGAAGAACGUGCUGGUCAAGCAGGGCAGCAGCUCCUCCCAGCUUCAGUCCUGGACUGUCCAGCCCUCCUUUGAAGUGAUCUCAGCGCAGCCACAGCUCUUUGUCCUUCAUCCACCUGUGCCAUCUCCUGUCAGCUCAUGCCAGACUGGUGAGAAAAAGUCAGAAUCCAGAAACUACUUGCCCAUUCUAAAUUCUUAUACCAAAAUAGCCCCCCACCCAGGCAAGAGGGGCCUCAAUUCAGAAGACAGAGGAACAAGUGGGGUAUCGAAGAAACUCUGCACGGAGAGACCGGGGCCAAGCCUGUCUUCCAGUGAGCCAGCCAAGACUGGCCGAGUGUUAUCCAGUCCUUCCACUCCAGCCCCACCCAGCUCCAAACUCACUGAGGACUCCGCUCUGCAAGGAGUCCCCUCCCUUGGGGCUGGCGGAAGUCCACAGACUCUUCAGCCUGUGUCCAGCAGUCAUGUGGCUAAAGCUCCCAGUCUGACCUUUGCUUCACCCGCCAGCCCUGUGUGUGCGUCUGACAGCACUCUGCAUGGCCUAGAGAGCAGCUCCCCUCUCUCCCCACUGUCAGCCAGUUACAGUUCACCUCUGUGGGCUGCGGAGCACCUCUGCCGCAGCCCAGACAUCUUCUCCGAGCAGAGGCAGAACAAGCAUAGGCGCUUUCAGAAUACCUUAGUGGUCCUCCACAAGUCUGGUUUGCUGGAAAUCACUCUGAAAACCAAGGAGCUGAUUCGUCAGAACCAAGCAACUCAGGCGGAGCUGGACCAGCUGAAGGAGCAAACCCAGAUGUUUAUAGAGGCCACUAAGAGCAGGGCUCCUCAGGCAUGGGCCAAGUUGCAGGCAUCACUAACAUCUGGGUCCAGUCAUUCAGGCAGUGACCUAGACACGCUGUCUGAUCACCCAGACGUAUAGCACAGAAACAUUUUCCAGUCAUUUGAGUUAACUCCUUUGCUAUUACAACUACACUGGUUUUCCACAGCCUAUUUAAGAGCUUUUCUUUCUGAACUCACCCACAAAGCCACGUGCCAGCCCCUGGCUGCUGUCUUAGUCUGUGGUCCGUGCACAGGUUAAGUGUGUUAAGUUCCUCUGAGGAACUCCAGCUGGAAGUAUCUGUGAGCCCCUUUUCCUUGACCUGCAGGCACUUAGCUGGAUCUUGGGACAAAGGAGAGAUGGCUGUGUGUGUCUUUCAGCUGUCCCUUCCCAUCCUCCUCCUCCUCACUGUCCAGGGUCAGGGUACAGUGACAUGGACGAGUGUACACAGUGACACUUGUCCAACCAAGGAGUAGGUGACCUAAGGAUCCCUUCACUGUCCUCCCUCAAGUAUGUUAGUCACGGAGAAAAAGAAGAGGAUACGUUUGCGUUCUACCAGGCGUUGUGCCUGUGAGUGAAACCUUUGGGUGCUUUGGGCACAGGCGCCUGGGUACAAGCACUUACGGCCUAAGGCUUUGUUCCUUACACGUGAAGUUAAAGGGGAAAGGGCAACGCCAUCUGACUCACACACUGACCACACACUAGAUCUCACCUAUACAAGUAGGCAAUACUUCAGAUUUUUAACAAAUAGAAUGGAUUUAAUACUGUCUGGAAUUGUAUUUGAUGAAUUGCUUUUUGAUUUAAGGGUCAAAGAAGCCAGCAUUUUUGGUCACUAGCUGGAAGGUUUUGUUAAUUUAUACUUGAAAUAGCACAGACUAUCUAAAAGGCUUGAGAUGGGGCUGCAGGAUGGCUCAGUGAGUAAAGGUGCUUGCUGCCAGUGACCUGAAUUUGAUCCCCUGAACCCACACGAGAGAAGGAGAAUUUACUACUGCAGAUUGUCCAUCAAAUGUGCACACACACACAAUAAAUAAACUAAUCUAAAAUUAAAAUUACAAGCUAUCAUCAACAUCAAAACAAGGUAAACAAUCCAAAGCUUGAGAUGACUUCAGUGGGUCCUCAGGGUCUCGUGUAAGUCCACCCUCUGUUGUCUCUUGUCUGUACUUCGCCCAGUUGUUCUGCGAGGGAAAACUGAUUGUGUUUAUACAUUUAAAUGAAAUAAAACCCCAAGGCCACAACAAUCAGAAAGGAUCCUUCCCUGUUCUCACGCAUGCCCUGUGAUGAUGGGGCCGCCGUGGAGCGGUCUUGCAUCUCGGGUUGGAUGUGGACAGCAGAGCUGAAGUGUGGUGUCCCUCUCAGAGGCGGGUCUUGGGGGGAAGAGCCUGGGGAGUCUCCAUGUCUUCAGUUUCCCUGUGCCGUGCCGGGAACGAAGUGUCUGAAUGGUAAAGAUCCAAAGGCUCGUAUCCUCUGUUAUAAUUUUCAUCCUCCUGGAAAUCUUUGUUCUUUAUGAAUUAACUUGGUUUUUAUGACCAGUAUCUUUUUCUGCAGAGAGAAUAAAUGUUCUUGGGGGCUUUACUAGGUCAGGAGUUAAAGGAUCCCAUUUAUUACAGAGUUGGUUGUGAUUCUAACAUAAUUUAAAAAGUAUAAGACUCAGGUUGGCUCUACUCUGUUCAUAAAGAUAUAUGAUUUAGAUAUGAUUGGUUUAAAAAUAAUCAACUUGGUAAAAUCUCUAUUCUUUGGUCAACAUAGCACUGUUACCUGCUGUUUGCUUUCUGAAAGUUUCCAAAAUCAGAGUCAGUGUUUCUGGGCAGGCUUGGCUCCUCGUGCUGUGCUUCCGAAUCAGUAUGGUAUUGUGGCCAUUCUGCACUCCACUAGGAAGCAGCCUUUGUGGCAGAACAUUUGGCAGGAAAGCUGUAGAGACGGGUGCAUUCAGAGCAGCCUGGGCACCAGCCGUGAGGUGCCCGUGUGUCAGAAGGCUGGAAGCUCUUGCUGGGAGCCAAAUAUUACCCCACUGGAAAAGCCCUCUAGUGCUGUAAGCCUCUUGGUCUCUUCUUAGAUUUGGGUUUUUAUUUCCCUUCCUGUCCCCAUGAAAGAUGAUGAAAACCACCUUGGAUUCUCACUGCCCAGUGGUGGGAGGGUUAGCGCCCCCCACCUCUACCCCCAGUCACUGCUCCUCUGUGAUCUUAGAGGCACAGCUGCAAGUCUCUAGGCUGUUAGCAUAGCGCUCUGUUCCUGGUGCAGCUGGAAGCAGGUGUACUCCAGGAGAGAAGCUAGCUAGAUCUUAGAAGGAGCACUCCUUUGAGGCCAGAGGCCAGACCAGCCCUUGGAGGAAGUCCUGAGUGGACUGGAGGAGUCUUCAUUGGUUGCCCAAGGCUGUAAGUAGCAGAGGCCUCUGCAUGGUAUGAGCUCUUACGAAGCGUUAUGUAGGACUGCUGUCUCCCCAAGGUGAGAAGUUUAUUUUUAACUCAGAUCAACCCACAGAACCUUUGUAUUGGCAAUAUUGAAACACAUUUAGAAAGGUUCCUGACUGAAAUUGGCUAUAGAACUUACUGUCAUUUAUAAUUUGCUAUAUUGUUUUUUUACUGAUUAUGGUAUCCUCUGACUUUUCUUCUCUAGUAUGAUUCCUUCAGCAUACAAGUUACUCUUGCACAUAUACGGAAGUGGCUUUUUAGCCAUAUCCUCCUUAGGGUAGAGACUAUUUACCAAAUGUGAAUUCUUCUAAGUGUGAAGUUAUGUAGAAAUUGACUGUGAAAUGUCAAAGAAAAAAAAUAAAAGUCACUUACUUGAAAGCAA